CCAAAAAAUUUUCUCGGUAGCCAAUCAUUCUAGUAAAAGUCAAACACCCGUUCCAUAUGAAUUGUCUUCUGACAGAGGAAUUUCCCGCGAGAUUCAAACUAAUAUCUGAUGAACUUCCGCUUGCACAGAAAAACUUUUACCCUCCUAACCUCCCGUUAUUACAGUUCUGCCACUGUGCUCGACCCGCCUCAUCAUCUUCUCCAUUUGAUUCAGCUCUCGAUCGUCCACCAGUCUCUGAAACUCAUCCGACAAUCCCAUGCCCGGGUUUUCACUCAUGGGUUCGAUCAAAACACUUUCUUUGCCACGAAACUCAUCUCCGCGUACGCUAUCUGUGGAAACCCAACUCAUUCCCGACUCGUUUUUGACGCGGUUAAGCUCAAGAAUGUGUAUUUGUGGAACACAAUGAUCAGUGGGUAUGCGAAAAAUGAAGCGAAAAAAGAAGCUUUUGAAUUGUUUAAGGAAAUGUGCCAUGGUAACGUGUUACCGGAUGAUUAUACGCUAGCGACAGUAGCGAAAGUUUCCAGCGAGGUCGGGGACCUCGUUGCUGGAAAAUUGAUUCACGGGAAGUGUAUUAGAUUUGGGUUUGUUUGUGACACUGUUGUUUCCAAUUCGAUACUGUCAAUGUAUUGCAAAUGUGCCAACUUUGAUGAAUGUAGGAAGCUGUUCGAUGAAAUGCCGUGGAGAAAUGUGAGUUCGUGGAAUGUGCUUAUAACAGGAUAUGUGGAUUGUAGGAAUCAUAAAUUUGAUAAGGAAGUGUGGGAAAUCAUUAAAUGUAUGCAGAGUGAUGGAUUGAAACCUGAUGGGUUUACCAUUUCAAGUGUUUGGCCUUUGUGUGGUGGCGAUUUCGGGAAUUUGAAUCAUGGGAGAGAGCUUCAUUGCUAUAUUGUAAAGAAUGAAUUGAAUUUGAAUUUGCAACGGGAUGUUCAUCUGGGUUGUAGUUUAAUUGAUAUGUACAUGAAGAAUAGUAGAGUUUCUGUUGGUAGAAGGGUAUUUGACCAAAUGAAAUGUAGAAAUAUCUAUACAUGGACAGCAAUAAUCAAUGGUUACGUACAGAAUGGAGAAUCAGAUGAAGCCUUGGUUCUUUUCCGCAAGAUGCAGGUUGAAGAUGGAACUGAACCUGAAAGAGUAACACUUAUUAGUGUCCUGCCUGCCUGUAACUCUCAUGCUAGUUUAAUGACUGGGAAACAAAUUCAUGGGUUUGCAGUUAGGAAGGUAUUGUAUCAUGAUGUUUCGUUGUGUAAUGCCUUAAUCAAUAUGUAUUCUAAGUGUGGAAGCUUGGAUCUUGCAAGGCGAGUGUUUGGCGAUGGUUCUUUCAUUAAGGAUGCCAUUUCUUGGAGUUCAAUGAUCUCUGGAUAUGGAUUACAUGGAAGGGGUGAGGAAGCUGUUUCCUUGUAUGAUAAGAUGGUUCUGCUUGGUAUUAAACCAGACAUGCUGACAAUUGUGGGGAUUCUUUCUGCUUGUGGCAGAUCGGGAUUGGUAAAUGAAGGCCUUAAAAUUUUUAGCUCAGCAGUUGGUGAAUAUGAAAUCGAACCUACAGUUGAGAUCUGUGCUUGUGUGGUUGAUAUGUUAGGCCGAUCAGGUCAGCUUGAUCAAGCAUUACAUUUUAUCAAGAGAAUGCCAGUAGAACCUGGUCCGAGUGUAUGGGGAGCUCUUGUUAGUGCUUCUGUAAUGCAUGGAAAUUCUGAGAUGCAAGACCUAGCUUAUAGAGUACUUAUUCAACUAGAACCUGAAAGCCCUUCGAAUUUUAUUUCACUGUCAAAUUUGUAUGCUUCUUCCAAGCAAUGGGAUGUUGUAGCUAAACUAAGAAUGAUGAUGAAAGAAAGAGGUCUGAGGAAGGAACCUGGUUGCAGUUGGAUUUGCAUUAACAGCACCACUCAUUGUUUCUAUGUUGCGGAUAAGGCCCAUCCUUGUUCAAACUCAAUCUAUGAGAUGCUUGACUGCCUCAUAUUGGCAAUGAAAGUACCUAGCCAUUCUCCUGAUUCUGAAACUCCAAUACAGACUACUUGGUGCUGAGGGAUUGAUUCUUUUGAGACAGGACAGCUGACAGACGGCAUUUUUUCAGUAUCGUGUUAAAUCAUCUGACCUUGUGAGAACAUAUUGGUACUACAUGUAAAAUUAUAUAUAUAUAUAUAUAUAUUUUU